CCAGCAACCUUGCGGAGGCCAAAUGCUGAAGAACAGAAGAAUAGCGAUGAUUUGAUACAAACAGUACAAAUUUAAGCUACACUACCAAAGAAGAUACACAGCAGGAGGACACAGAAGAAACUGGCUUUCCUUCUUUUUUUUUUCAUGUUUUAGAUUUUGGAGGUUCACGGGGUGAGAAGCUUUAACGUGAAGUAAGCUGGAGACCAAAAUGAAAGCAGUAGUCUGUCUCAGCUGGCUGGCAGCCUUCUACAGUUUGAGUGGCUGCCUGGCCUCCGAGCUGUCGUUUUUGGUGGAACCCAGUGAUGUGAUUGCAGUGAGGGAUCGGCCACUUAUGCUAGACUGCCAGGUGCAGGGCGAGGAACCGAUCACGGUCACAUGGCGUAAGAACGGGGUGUCCAUACCCACUGGCCCGCGGGUUCGAGUCCUGGAAAAUGGCACACUGUUAAUCCAGAGCUUCCAGAAACGCAGAGAGAGCAGCGAUGCAGAUAUGGGCGAGUACGACUGUGCCGCGCAGAACCGUUACGGCAUGCUGGUCAGCCGCAAGGCCAAGGUCCAUUUGGCAUCUCUUCCUAAGUUCCACACACACCCAGCAUCGAUGUCUGUGGACGAGGGAGGAGUCGCUCGAUUCCAGUGUCAGAUCAGUGGAGUACCUGAGGCCAAAAUCACCUGGGAGAAAGACAGAGUACUGCUCAACACCACUGACAGCAGGUACACUCUCCUUCCAAUGGGUAUCCUCCAGGUGACAGGUGUGAGAAAGGCAGAUUCAGGGGUUUUCCGCUGCGUUGCCACUAACAUUGCCAACACCCGCUACAGCCAUGAAGCCACACUCAAUGUCACUGGAGGGAGUCCAAGAACCUACAAGGAGCCAGUAAUUCUGUCAGGACCCCAAAAUCUGACCAUCACUGUGCAUCAGACUGCCAUCUUGGAAUGCAUUGCCACAGGAAACCCAAGGCCCAUUGUUUCCUGGAGCAGGCUAGACGGACGCUCCAUUGGGGUGGAGGGCAUCCAGGUUCUUGGGACGGGGAACCUGAUGAUCUCAGAUGUUUCCCUGCAGCACUCUGGUGUGUAUGUGUGUGCUGCCAAUCGGCCCGGCACCAGAAUGAGACGUACCGCACUUGGACGCCUCGUGGUACAAGCUCCUCCCGAGUUCCUGCAGUGGCCACAGUCUGUGUCCAAACCAUUAGGGGGCAGUGCUGUGUUCAGCUGCGUGGCCCAGGGUGUCCCUGAGCCUCACCUCAUUUGGCUGAAGAAUGGCAAGGUCCUGAUGCCAGGACAAAAUAUCAAGCUGACCAAUAACAACAGCACUCUGGCUUUGACCCGUAUUAGGUCAGAUGAUGAGGCUAUCUACCAGUGCAUUGCUGAGAACAGUGCUGGUACCAACCAGGCCAGUGCCCGUCUGGCUGUUGCACAGGGUAAGGAUCUGCCUGAUGCCCCUCAAGGGUUCACAGCCAAAGCCCUGUCCACAAACACCCUGCAGAUCACAUGGAACCAGUCACCCACCAAUAUCACUGAGAGCAUCAUCGGGUACGUCCUGCACAUCCGCAAGAUAGGAGAGCCUGACAGUCUGGAGCUACAGGAGGCCAUAAGUAAAGACAACUUUCAGCAUGAUGUGACCAACCUGGAACCAGCCACCACCUACUCCCUUUAUUUGAGGGCCUACUCUCCCAUGGGAGCCAGUCAGCAGUCCCACACUGUCAUUGCUACUACAUUAGGAGGCGUGCCCACUCCACCCAACUACUUCACCAAGGUGUUAAAUUCCAGCGCUGUGCAGGUCCUCUGGGAACUUCCGAGUAAGGCUGGUAUGGUUGAGGGUUUCAGGUUGUCCUACCGUAGGGUCCCUCAUGCUGACUACCAGAGGCCAAUUCAGCUGUCCUGUUACAUUAAUGUCCACACCAUCUCUAACCUGGAACCAGGUGCAGUGUAUGAAGUCAAACUGGUCGCCUACAAUGGAAAUGGAGAGAGUGACUGCUCCAAGAGACUGGUGUCACUUGCACAGGAAGGCAUGAGAGACCAGCCCACUGGAGGAGACCCUCUGUGUCAGUGCAGUGAUAGAGAGGCUUCACUGGGCAGCAUUGUCAUUGGCAUUCACAUCGGCACUGCCUGCAUUAUCUUCUGUGUUCUUUUCCUCAUGUUUGGAUACCGUCGCAAUCUGUUUUGCAGUAAAGGGACUCAGGACAGCUGGUCUGUACAGAGGAUUAACACAGUACACAGUGGCAUCCCUAAAGAUGGAGAAAACCUCCCCAGAGUGGAGUCUCAGGUGGUCUGUCCAGCACAGUGCCAGGUUAUCACUGAUCACCAGUCAUCAGGUUUGCAUGCCAUGGGCACUGGCUAACACUGGUCAAUGAUGGAGUGCAUCCCUGUCCUCUCCUCCAGCAGUCAGCCAUUCACUAGGAACCAUAAGCCUCCCAACAAAGAGCACCAUCUGUGCCGUUUGAUAGGGGUCAGCUGUAGGUUUAAUUAUAGGUUUAGUCUCCCCAAGACUUGCUGCUAAAAACCUGUAAGUAGAUUUGUAGAUGUAGACUCGGAGGCAUUCUAGCCCUUCUCCACCCUAAAGCCAUCUUCCAGUCCUACCUCAAACCAAAGCUUAUUGCCUUUGUUGCCUGUGCAUGUGCGCAUGCGCAUGUAGAGAAAGCCUUCAGAAAGCAUUGUCACUCCAGAUUGUGCCCUGUCUCAUUCAUUUUGUGUGUGUAUACCACUAAACGUUUGUCACUUUUUCAGUGGAAGACUGUUCCAUAAACCAAAAUUUUCUAUCCUUCACAUCUCCACUGAUAAAUUGACAUGUGACAGCGUGGUCUUUAGACCCUGAAUGAAGCCAAAUAUUCAAACCUGACUGAGACAUCUCAUGAAUCUGCUGUGACAAACUCUUGAUUUUGCCUUUUGUUCCUCUACAGUAAGGAAAAGAAGAAACAUAGCGGCCUUUGUAAACACCUUACAGAGGUGAGAGUCAGAUAAGAAAUUAUUUUCUAUCAAUUUGCAAGCCAUUUAGAAGAAUCAUGUAAACAGGCAUUUUUUAUUCCGUUCAUUUUAUCCAAAAGCUACUAAUUUCCAAAGAAAGCUACCUCCCUCUGACAAGAAUGUCUGAGCUGUAGUUUGGGCCUUUGUUAGCCCAAUGAUCCUGCUCAUGUUAGCCUACCUCAACCAAAAACCCUUCACAUCAGUAACUACAUCCUUGGCCAGUGUCAGUCACAGUGUACCUUGCCAGACCCUCUGCUAACCAGACCAGUCCAAAGAGGGCUGAGCAGCAAGACUACCAUGUGGAGCAUUCUCUACAGCAUCAGUCUCAUUACCUGAGGCAGAGGUCGGUGUGAGGCCUCACAACCGUCUGUUCAAGCUUUGCGUUUGGUGGGAUUUUUUGAUCUGACAUCAGAAAAUACUGUAUUCAUGAUUUUCAAAUGCCUACUUGUCCUUGAAAGACAUAUUUGACAGAGGAAGCAGGUCAUGGAUAACACGCUGAAACAACCCAGGCAUUCCUCUUUUUUUUUGCCGACCACUGAACGAAAGCUUGUUUUUAUUGAUCUGCACAAACUGAUGCCAUACUGAACUGAAGCCAAAAAAGUGACUGAGGCGAUGCUACCGAGUUACCUCUUUAGAUCCCAAACUGAUGAACCUGGAACCUCAACAGAACCAAGUUUUCCUGUGAUACUUGCCUGAAUGCACGGACAAGACCCACGUUUGUCUGCAGAUCCACAAAGAUGUUCACUGAAAACCAAGAUGGAUGAUACCCAAAGAUAUAAACUAUUCAGGGUUUUCUUUAUGUUCAUUUCAAACUCACUAUAGAGAUAUACAUUUAUAUACAAUACAUUACAUUUUACUUUCAGUUCUUGUUCCUGUUUGAAAGGGGCCACCAGUGUGUUAACUGAACCCAAACCAAAAAAAUUUUAAACAUGAUUUCAUUACCAUUUUUUUAAAAAAAAUCUCUUUCAGGCCCUUUAGUUCUAAAGUCAUUCCAGGUGGACCCUUCAAAUAUGGAAAUAUGGAACUAUUUUACAGAUUCUAACAUUUACCUCUUAAAUGUCUCCAGAUGAAGAUGUAAGAUGUAUUUUGAAUAAUUUUUUUAUGUCGAUACUAUAAUGAAUACUUAUUCAUUUUUAAAUGAGCUGAAUUGUUGCCAAAUAUUUAGCUAUUUUGAAGAAAUACAUGACCAAAUAACCUUUUACCUUUACACUUCACACAUAACCAAAGCACAGAAACAUGCAUGUAAGCAGGAUGAUAUACAGCACAUAUGUGUGAAGAGCUAGCAGUGGGUGAACCUUGAGGGCAGAAGCACUGAAAAUGAAUCCCAAAUCGAGAUAAAAGAUUUUUUUCCCCCACUUUUGGUAUCAAUUUAAAUAAAUCAGUGAUUCCAGAUUGAGGGAAUCCAGAUUGCUUUGACCCAGCCUUUCAACUAUCUUUCUUCCUCCUAAUAUGUUAAUGAUGAAGCUCAUAUAUUAAAGAUAACAGUUUACCUCAAGUCUUUAUGGCCCUCAAGGUUUACCUUAACCCUUACAAAUGUUAAAGGUUUACUCACACCAGAGAAAAAUGAAAAAUAAAACCUUUCCUCUUCAUUCCCACUGUUGCAAAUAAAAACUGUUAAACAAAUGUGAUACCAAAAAAAAAAGUUUGAUAUGAAAUAUGUAAGAAGUCAAUGUGUUUUUGUAGUAUGAAUGUGUAGUUUUUAAGCUAGUAUUUGAAACAGAGGCUUUUGCUACUUCUGCUUUGUUUUGAUGUUUUUUUGCCUCUUUUCAUUUGAGUCUUUUGUUCUUCCUGCUGUGCACAGGAAAUGUUGCCAAAAUUGUUUGAUUAUUAUUAAUAUUAUUGUUCUUUGAUUUGACACCAUUAAUUAUGAAAUGUUUUCUUUCUUUGAUACAUGUGAGAGGGCUAUGAAAACGCUUGUUCGGGAUUCCUUUGAGUGAGUAAUGUGAGUUUCCUGAAGACCUUAAACAUUCAAGCGAAAAUGUUUGUGAAGCCAAACUCACAUAUUGCCAAAAGUCAGCUGUUAGAAGAAAAAAAAACUACAAAAAUGCUGUAAAAUAUAGUAAAGUAGAAAGUAUGCACUAGUACCAAUGAGAAAGAAUGCUUUAAUAAUUCUAAGUGCUUCACUGUUCCCAAAGCUUUUCACUGUUACAUUGUAGCCAAUUGCAAAUCUAAAGCUUUAACCUGUUGUGACUGAGGUCUGGUCCUUGGUCUUUGGCCAAAAUGAAAAGGUAUGGAAGUAAAGAACUGAUUGCAGAUGAGCAGCACAUGCAGAGACCAAGUUGUGACUUUCACAGGUUUUCAUAUUACAUUUAUUUAAUGCAGUCAUGCAGUACAACUAUAUAUAUUUAUUUUAAUUUUAAACAUAGCUUUAAAGAAAACUGGGUGAUGCUCUAAUUUGCUCCCCGUGGAUCUCAUUUUGAACAAAAGUAACAUUUCAUUCCAUAUUAUUCUUAAUCUAUAAAAUACACUUAAUACAGAAUGUACUAUACUAGGGACACAAUAACAGAAGUACAAAGAGAGAUUGUCAGUAAAAUGAAAAUUAUAUAUAUUGUAUUUAAUCCCAUAUUUAUUCUCGAUCAUACUAUUACAACAGUAGUCACUGUUCAACAAAACUCACACAGGCACCGUUUAAAGCAUUCAAAGCUACAUUUAAACAAACAGUCUAGAUGUAGUUUCUAUUUUGAGUUUUUGUGAUGCCACAUUGUUAAAUGUCACAAGGGUAAAUUUGAAUGUGGUCAUUUGUCUGAUCUGCCCUUUAUUUAAUUACUUGUUUAGCCCAGUGUCUUCUUCUUGGCACUGUCAGUCUUCCUUAGAAAAUAUGGAACUCUUAACAAAAUUCUAAUGAAUUGCAUUUAUUUCUCAUAUUGCGCAAACUGACCACUUUACACUAAAUAUAUAUCAUUAAGGAAACAGAAUAUAUCAUUAGAGCACAAAUUGAUGUAAAACUUUAAUUUAGGUGAAUGCUGUUUGCAAUUUGGAAGACGACUAAUUUAUUUAAGUUUCUGUUUUUAACCUAAAGAAUGUUUCAGAGAGCCUCUAACUGUGAAAGCAACAGUUUGGUUUGUGCCUGCAGGCUGAUCUAUCUGAAGUCUGAUCUUUAUGCCACCUUUUCUCUUUUCUUCACCAUAUUCAAUGCCCAAAACCAAAUAAAGAUAUUUAGCUGAA